GCAAAUGAAGAAACCCGGAACAGCUGUUCGCAAAGCGCAUUUAAACAUAACAUUUAGUUAAAUUAUUCUUUCAAAAUGCGCAUAACACAAUAUUUGGCGAGCAAACUGAAGAACUUCUCCAAUCUGCCCAAGGAAUACAUUGAGCGCAGCAAAAAACAGGUGUAUUGGCAAACACCGCGGGAAACUAAUUACCUGCCACGCACUGUGGAGCGCAAGCGAUUCCGAUACACCACAAACCGACCAUGGACUGGCCAGUUCCGUCAACAGAAUAUGCCCGCAACAAUGCGUCGGAAAGUGCUAAUCGAGCCAGUUGAGGAUUGGAGCUUCUUCCGUGGCGAUCGCGUUGAGGUUUUGGUGGGCAAGGACAAGGGCAAACAGGGUAUCGUCACUCAGGUGAUUACCGAGCGCAAUUGGGUUAUUGUGGAGGGUCUCAAUUGGCAUUAUCGACGUGUGGGUGCAGACAAGGAUUUCCCCGGCAUCAUUAUCAAGUCCGAGGCUCCUCUUCAUGUACUCAAUGAUAUUCGCUUGGUCGACCCUUCCGACCUGCAGGGCACCGAAUUCGAAUGGCGCUUCACGGAGGAAGGAGAGAAGGUGCGCGUGUCCAUGCGUUCGGGCCGUAUCAUACCCAUCCCGGAGACAAACAACCAGACGCAUGACUACAAAACACCAAAUGCGUACAUAGAACGCGAGAAGGAUACGCCAGCGGCUGUUGUGGGUGAGAUUACCUUCCAGCCCAAGUUGUCCACCUUCGAAAUGGACAUUAUGGAGGAAAUGGGCAUCAAAGAGGAACGUACGCCAGCCAAGAGCUAUUGGUACUAACUCUAACCUUAAUUUUAUUAGAGUAAAGCCAAAAAGAAA